ACACGCGCACGCGCACGCACAACCCCCUACAAACUAUAACGCGCCAGUCGGAAACAAAAUCCAACCUAUAACAACAUUAUAGAAACAUUAAUAAAACCAUUACUAACACCCCUUUCCCAGAAUUCCCAGUUCCGCCACCAGAAUGAAUUCUCGGACAAACUAUUUAAUUGUAUUUAUUUUUCCACGUUGACCGUCGGCUCCUCGACCCCGUCGUUGUACAAGUUGUGGCCGUGACUGUGUGUGUCCGGCCCGGCCCGCCCGGCGUGCACCGGGUGUUCGCCCUUGACAACAAACAUGGCGUCGGCGACAAAGAUCAUCCAGUGGGUGCGGAACCUGGCAGCGGGGAGGAAUCUUCAAGCUAAGCUGCAGCUUCGAUACACUGAAGUUGCUUCCAGAAGCCCAGAGCCGCCGAUUCUACCAGUCGGUCCCAGUCAUAAAUUUGCAGAUAACUACUACUGCCUACGAGAUGGUCGCCGAGAGACGUCUCCACCUACAAUCAUUUGGUCACCACAGAUAGCACUAGGAGCAGAAACCACGGCAACCAGCAGUGAAAGCACUGUGGCAGCCACCGGCGUUAAGAUGCCGGUUACACCUGGACAGCCGGUCAAGAUGGAGCUAUCCACCGAUCAGCCUUACUUGUGACCCCCGACAGGACGUGAUUGUGGACUCUGUGACACUUUGUAAGUGGUGUCGUCUAUGGGAAGUGUUUGAGCUACUGAACAACCAACUCCAUGGAGUUCCAGCAUCAGGUGACCCAUGUGGGAGCGCUGCAGUCCCACUGCUUGUGAAGUUAGUAAACUUCAUGUAAACUGUCUCAGUAAGCAUUCACCAUAAUAAACAACAUGUGUGCAAUAGUU